AUGUCAUCAAUCGCCCGCCCACCAGACCCAUGUCUGGUAGCGAUAAUAUUAAUCGUCCGAUCACGCACCGGCCCCCGACUCGUCUUCCACUACCCACCCAAACCGCUCAGCGAAAACCGACUCAAGACAACGACCAAGGGCGGCCGCCGCAUCUCCCGCACGCGCAGCAGACAAGGCGGCAAGAACACCGACUCGAGCUCCAGCGACGAGAGCGGCCUCAGCUCCGACGACGAGGACGAUGACCGCGAGCGCGAGCGCGACACACAGCCACCCACCCAGAAUUCGUCGAACUUCCUCAGCGGGAGCUCACAUGUCAGUGCAAGCCUCAUACCCGGUCGAAGGCCGAGCAACUUCGGGCUCGACGAGCAUGGCAUGAUCUCCGCAUCGCCGGGUGCGAUAGAGCCACAGCGACCGGGAUCACUGGGUUCUGGUCGGGGAUCGACUCGGAAGCGUGGAGGUGCAAUGUCCGAUGCGGAGGAUGAUGGGGCCUCGGAUCAGCCUGAUGGGUCUGGGUCUUCGUCGCGCGCGCCGUGGGAGUCGCUUCUAGGAUUACCGGGGAGUGUGUGGGAGAAGUUACUCAGUCCUUCGCGGUCGUGGCAUAAGCGGCGCUAUGAGGUAGGCAUUAAUGAUCUGGCAUUGAUUGGGUGGCCGGUCUUUGUGCGUGAGGAUGGGAAUUGGCGCAAGCAGCGCCGGAAGAAGAAGAAGAAGCCUCGUGCUGAAUGGGAGGGUGGAGAACUCGGUCAUAAUGAGAAUGCGGAUGAGACGCAGGUUGAGGAUGGGGUCGUUUCGCCUGACAUGGGGGCUAGCAUUGCUUCUAUUGCGGAUUCGCUGGUCUCGCCUACUGAUACUAAGCGGAACUCGAUGGCCAGUGCGAAGAUCGGGAAGACUGUUGAUGAUCAUGAUGAUGACCCGGAAGAUAAGGAUCAUAUGACGAUGUUCAAUGUCGUUUUUGUUAUGGAUCCGCCGCUGCUGGAGUAUUCUGGCCGCGUCAAGGAGAUAUAUGAGAAUAUUAUCAAGAAAUUCGCCAAGGCGCUUAAGUGGGAGCAGGCUCGCACGGGAUAUGUGUGGAAGGAAUCCCAGCACAUACUUCAAGUGCGAAGAAAAGCACGAGAAUCCAGUGAGAUCUGUGAUUCUUUUCUCUUUGCAAACUUGCAAGCUAAUGGUUCUCUAGAAACAUCCGUCCAUAAUCUCUACUCAGACUUGAUCAACCAGUCUUCUUUGGCAAGGGCUAUAUAUACGGUCUACACAAGCAUCUCAGCAUCAAAGAUCGCUUCUGUCUCGCUUAGUCCGGAUGUUUCCAUCUCACUGCAGAUCCCACCGUUGACAUCCACGCCGUACCUUGCUGGGCCGACGGAUAAGGCGUAUCCAGGUCUCUGGCUGACAACUGCAGAUAGCGCUACCCCUGUUGAUGACCCUGCUGCCGAUGAGAACAAUGCACCACAUCAGGUUCUGGCUAAGCACUUCGCACUGCUUCUGCUAGACAGCGAGGCCUCAAUAAUUAAGGAUGUCGAAGCUUCCGGGGGCACGCUAGCCCCAGCACUCGCCCAUUAUAUCCGAUGUACGAAGCCAACCAAAUCGUUCGCCCAAAUUUCCGCCUAUUCGGGAAUCCCACUGCAUACCAUCCAGAUGUUGGCCAGUCAUCUGGUAUACUGGCGCCGUGCCCGCGCCAUCCCUCCAAUCCACCAACGCGACACUUACAUCGUCUCUCCAAACUGCGACCUGAGCAAAUUAGAAAUCGCUACAAUCGCCUACCAAACAGCAUUCCCGACCCUACCAAGUCUUCCCAAGAUGCUCUCCACCCUGAGCGGCACGCCCCGCCCUUAUGGGAGUUUUAUUCCAAGUAAAGAUCACAAGGAAACCUACUUUGCCAUAUUGGCAUGGCUACUCCGCGGCGGCUGGGUGACGCAGCUCAGAACAUUUGCGCGGAUCAAGGUAACCCCAGAGGUCAAACUAGCAGUUGAAACAGCCCUGCGCAAAGAAGAAGUGGACCGAUAUCUCGCCAAGGGCAACAAUUCGAAUUCCACUACCACCGACGAUUCAGACUCAGACAGUGAAGACGACGCGUCUUCGUCGUCGUCGUCCUCCCUCGCCAGUCACGGCAGCGGAGACGAAACGCCCAUGCCAGGCCGAUACGAUGCGCAUGCCCAAUUGCGCACCUCGCAUAAACUCCUCGAUCGAUCGACCGCCCUCCGCCUCUCCUCGCUAAUUCUCUCGCCGCACCGCGCAUCACCGCUGGAAUCGCGAUGGCUGGACGAGAUCGUUGCGCGGUUCCCGGACAAGCCUGGACCUGGGCAGCAGAUGAUUGGAAUGAGCCCGGAUAUUGCGCCGAAAGAUUUGCAGACUUUGUUGAAGAAAUACUGGCCGGUGUUUUUGAAAUAUUUUAAUGGUUCGGAUGCGUUGGAGAAGAUUCCCGUUCGCGAGAGCUUGAAGCGUAAACUUGUUUGGCAGGUUCUUACGCGGUUGGGGUUUGUGACGGGGCCGGUUGGUUCGCUUGAGCUUGAUGCAAGAGAGCAGGUGCUUGUCGGGGUGCGACACUGGUAG